AUGCCCCGGGGCCACAAAAGUAAGCGCCGGGCCCAUGAGAAACGCCGUCAGGCCCAAGAAGAGUCCCUGGAUGGAAAAAGCGGUCAAGUCACUGUAGCCUUGAAAGAGGUGGUCAGCUCCCCCCUCUCUCCUGGUUCUCGCUGCCCUUCCCAUAGCUUGCCAUCUGCUGAGUUACAUUCCAAGCCCACCACCACUUCUGAGGCAGGUGUGUCAUACACAAGAGCUAAUGAAGAUGCCCCAAACCAAGAACAGCCGAGCUGUCAGCAGGCCCAACCCAUCGCUGAGCACUUACUCCAUAAAAUUCUAGAAAAGAAGAUGAUCAUGUUGGUACAUUACCUGCUGCACAAGUAUCAAAUAAAAGAGGUCAUUACGAAGGCAGACACAAUGAAAAAUAUACUCCAAGUAUACAAGAAUCACUACUCUACGAUCCUCAGCAAAGCUUCUGAGCACCUGGAACUGGCUUUUGGCCUUGAAUUGAAGGAAAUGGACCCUCACAAGCACAUCUAUGUCCUCAUCAACAAAUUAGAAUGUACCCAUUAUGGGAGAGAGAGUGAAGACUUAGGUAUGCCCAAGACAGGCCUCCUCCUGACUAUCCUGGGUGUGAUUUUCACGAAAGGCAACUGGGCCACUGAGGAAGAAGUCUGGGAAAUGCUGAAUAUGAUGGGGUUAUAUGCUGGUGAACGUCACUUAAUCUUUGGGGAACCCAGGAAACUCAUCACCAAAGAUCUGGUGAAGCAGAAGUACCUGGAGUAGCAGCAGGUGCCCGGCAGUGAGCCUCCAUGCUAUGGAUUCCUGUGGGGUCCUAGAGCCUAUGCUGAAACCACCAAAAUGAAAGUCCUAGAGUUUUUGGCCAAGAUUCACGAAACCAUUCCCAGUGCCUUCCCGUUCUGGCAUGAAGAGGCUGCGAAGGAUGAAGAGGAGAGAGCCCAAGCCAGAGCUGCAGCCAAGGCUCGCAGUAGUGCCAUGGCUCAGGCACAUUCCAUGGCCACAUCCAGUUCCCACCCCAAGUAA